AUGUCUCCCAUUUCAAGAAGAAAUCUUCAUCAGACAAGGUGCUUGGGUCUAAGCAACCUUGACAAUGCAAGGAGACAGCUAUGUGCUCCCCUUCCUGCUCACGAUCUCGGGCAUAUUGAGCAAGUGCUACUUGAAUUUCUUCAUUGGUGGGCUCUUGAUCUUCGUAAACAUCUGCAUGUUUCUCUUGCUGUUCAGGAACAGAUACCCAUCCUCACUCUUGUUCUUCAGCAAUACGCCGAGAGCUGUGAUUUAUUCAGUCUUCUCACUACACUCGAUGACAAAAUGACAGCCAUUAGUUCCAAUGUGAAUGCUCAAUCGACUGGCAUGCAAGCCGUUCUGGAUUCUGAUAUGGAUCCUCAGGACAUCAUAAGCAGCUCAAGUCACCCAAAGAUCUCAAGUAUUAUUCAGAGGCAGUUAAGAGAUAUUAAUCUUAAGACAGAUGAUUUGGAGUUGAUCAGAGAGAAUGAUGAUAAACCAACUUGGGAUGUCAAUGUUGGUUUGUCUGACGAGUUUAACAAGAAUCUUGCAAGUGAUUUGAUGCUUUACAUUUGUCGUCAACCUGUAGCAGCCAUGGUACCACUAAAAGAGCUAUGUGGUAUAAUUGUAAACAGCUAUUACAAUUGCUUGGCUGCUAGUAAGCUUACUGAAGAAGACAGACAGACAAACUCUAUUUCAAACAGAAAAGGAAAUAGAAAGACUGCUCUUAAUAAAAGGAGAAAAAGAAUGUACACAAAGCAUAAGGAUGCCAUCAUUGAAAAGUUUAAUCAGGAUUAUAAUGUCGUUUUUUACAGAGAUGCAAUGUCUGGUGAUGAGACAGAAACCAAUAUUUCUGUUGUUGUAUCUCGUCCUGAUUGGCGUAGUGAUGAGUUGAAUACAAUGGUCUCUCAAUAA